CUCAAGAGCAGUUUUCUGUUGCACCAUUACCCUGCCCAUUUUCCUAGAAAUUGCCGAGUGAGAUUCCUUUUGUGCGUGUGGGUCUACAAAACGAAUCAAGGAAAGGAAAACAAUGAGUCGUCAAAAGUCUACAAAUAAGCGUGGCCUGGCGUCGUGCCCGGACCGGAGCAGAGACUGAAGUCGUCGAGAAAGAGACGAUGGGAGAGAUCGCCGGAGUUCCGUCGGAGGCGGCAGAUCGCCAAUUACCCGGCACCGACAUCAGCUGUAACGGUAACAAUAUCCAUAGCUCAAUUCCCCACGCUCCGCCGCCGACUGAUCGUCCUGUCCGCGUCUACGCCGACGGGAUCUACGAUCUCUUCCAUUUCGGCCAUGCUCGAUCUCUGGAACAAGCUAAAAAAUCGUUUCCCAACACGUACUUGCUGGUGGGAUGCUGCAGUGAUGCGGUCACGCACAAGUUCAAGGGCAAAACUGUCAUGACCGAAGAGGAACGCUAUGAAUCCCUCCGCCAUUGCAAGUGGGUGGAUGAAGUUAUUCCUGAUGCCCCAUGGGUGAUAAAUCAAGAAUUCCUAGACAAGCAUAAAAUUGACUUUGUGGCCCAUGAUGCUCUUCCUUACGCCGAUGCUAGUGGAGCAGGAAAUGAUGUCUAUGAAUUUGUCAAAGCUGUUGGGAGAUUUAAAGAAACAAAGCGAACUGAAGGGAUUUCUACUUCAGACAUUAUUAUGAGGAUAGUUAAAGACUAUAACCAGUAUGUCAUCCGCAACCUGGAUCGCGGAUAUUCAAGAAAAGAACUUGGAGUCAGUUAUGUGAAGGAAAAACGCCUUAGGGUGAACAUGAGACUGAAGAAGCUACAGGAGAAGGUCAAGGAGCAUCAAGAGAAAGUAGGAGAAAAGAUUCAAAUUGUUGCAAAAACUGCUGGUAUGCAUCGCAAUGAGUGGAUUGAAAAUGCUGAUCGGUUAGUUGCCGGUUUUCUGGAAAUGUUUGAGGAGGGCUGUCAUAAAAUGGGAACGGCCAUAAGGGACCGAAUUCAAGAACAGUUGAGAGCUCAUCAGCAGAGAGGUCUGCUCGAAUAUGGGAGCGAAGAAGAGGAAGAAGAAGAUUACUAUUAUGACGACGAAGAAGAAGAAGAGGAAGACGAUGAGGAACGUUUCUAUGAAGAUUACAAUGAGGACCCAAAGAAAUAGUAAUACUGCUCCAUUUUGCUGUUGUGAUUUAUUUUCUAACUGCUAAUCUGGUUAAACUCAUGUGAUUUGCCAUAUGUUGUAUGAAAAUCUAGGCUUGUCACAUCAAAAGGGUAUAACGAUUGUGCAGGUUGUGGGGGUGGGGGUGGGGUAUCUUUUCCCUUCAUGAUUUAUAUAUAUAGUGCAGCAAUCAAAUGCAGCGUAGGUGUGUUUGGUGUGUUACUGUAAGGGGAAAAUUGAGCUUUAAUACCAUGUGCUUUGAUUAAAAUAUUCAAACUCCCCAGCGUUUGGGUCUGUUUGGGAAUAACGUUUCCAAUUGACGCUCGUAUAUUUGGACACCUUCAGUCUCUUUACUUGUGAGUAAAUAUUGAAGUAGGUU